CCAGAGUUGCGCUACCAACAAUUCUUUGCGUUACUCUCUCUACGUUUUCACAUGUCAGAACUUUACUUUAAGAUUCUUGUUCCUAAUGUUGCUGCUGGUGCGAUCAUUGGAAAGAAAGGAGAAGCUAUUGAAACAAUCAAGCGUCAAACUGGAGCAAGGCUCAAAAUGUCUCGAGCAAAUGACUUUUAUCCAGGAACUACUGAAAGAGUAUGUCUCAUUGUUGGUACACUUGAAGCAUGCAUACAGUUACAUGAUUAUGUGAUGGCCAAAAUAAGCAAACGACCUCAGAAUAUAUCUAUAAUAACUCCAACAGGGGUUAAUUGCAUGGAACGUCACAAACAGGCAAGUUGUCUCUAACCACUUAGCUCUUGUUACUGCAGGUUAAAAUUUUAGUUCCAGACGGUAUGGCUGGUAUCAUUAUCGGAAAGUUUGGGAACUUUAUCGAAAAAAUCAAAGAAAAAAGCAAUGCUUUUAUUCAAGUUUCUCAAAGGCCCAGAGAUGUAAAGUUAUUUGAAAGGUGCAUUGUGAUAACAGGCGAGUUAAAAGAGAGGAGAAAAGCAGUAGAAAUGAUAUUGUGUAAAAUCCUCGAGAAUCCUGAUUCAGCUUGUUAUUCAAAUUGCUCUUAUUCCCAGGUCAGGGAACCAGUCGCUAGUGCAUUUUCAAUAGGUUCCCCGUUCGCAAUUAGCUAUCACCCUCUAGUAAAUAUGGAUAACUCAAAUACAGAUUCGGAGUGCAAGUCAAAAAUUUUAAUCCCAAAUCUUUGUGAUGAAGGUUUGCCAACCAUAACCUUCGAACACGAGUCCACUAUCAGUCAGAUAGAUCCUCUUUUCUGUAAUCAUUCUUUAUCAGUGCCACUUACAAGUGCCAAUCUUGAUUCAAUAAUUCCAUUUGUUCCUUGGAUCGACCAAAGUGUGGUAAAUAGAAGCACUAAUCCAGUUGUCAGUCUGACCUCAUGUGACACUGUAUUUCAACCGUUGAUAUCUCAGUCGAAUUUAAUUAGGCAGUCAGAAUAUGGUUAUCCUGACUUGGGUUUGAACGAAGUCUUUUAUGUCGGACAUCCUUCUGCCUUCUAUCCAGAUUUUAUUCCACGAACGCCUGGUAUUCAGAAUUAUAUACUUCAAUCAUCUAUGGAGGUCAAUGAAAAGAUCACUAUAACACCAACGUUAGCACCUACAACACAGAUCACUGCUGAAAUCACUACUCUGAAUGAUCCCCAUUACUUAAUAUCGGGAAGUCAAAAGGGUGGUAGUUGUCCAAUAACUGGGGGAAACAAAGUUGAAUGUAAUGUACCUUUCGAGACUUCAGGAGUCAAUAACCAGUCACAUUCUCGUUAUUUAAGUGGAGAGUCAGUUGAUUCAGCUUUCACAGAAAGUGUACUCAGUGUCAAACUCCAAUCAUCUUCAGAAGAUUUCACGAGUGAUUUAUUUCUUCAGCAACCAUGUCACGAACAAAAUAAGCAAACACUAUCCCAAGUUGAGACGAUGGUAUCACCCAAUUCGGUGUACUCAGUUUGUUCAAGUACUCAAAGUUGUAAAUGUUCUUCUGCUCCCAAUCAACAUUUGCUUGUUAACUCUCAAAGAUCAAAUCCUCAGAAUCCCCUUUCCAGUAAUAAACCAAACGAUAAUUUUAAUCGGUCAUUGUUAACUCAAGUGCAGAUGCCUGAAUUUAGAUGUCUACCGACUAAGUGCUACGGAUCUGAUGUUGGAGGUGUUUUACUAGUCGGCACGGUACAACAGUUGCAUAAUACACUUAAUUUCUUAGAAUGGCAGACCAAACAACAAUUGUUGUAUAGUUCUAUAUCAAGAACUACGAUGACGUCUACUGAUUAUCAAAUCGGAAAUGUAUUCAAGACCAAUACUCCAUCAACCUCAAUAACAGGAUAUGAUGGAAAUCCAAUAGAUUUCCGUCACACGACAUCAUUUAGUCCUGAUGUAUCUCUGAAAUUGGACACAAUUCAACCGUGGUCAAUACCAAGACAUCUGGCUCCGUUAAGCUUAAAUAUACCGAUUAAUCAGUGUUAACUGAUAUAAAGCAUUUAUUUAUUAUUUAUUCUUGAAAUUCUUAUUAUUUUUGUGUUUAAAGGCAUACUAAAUUCUUACAUCCAUUACUGUCGAACUAUACUUUGCUCGUUUAUUCGCUUUUGAGUUUUACGUAAUUUACUAAUUUUUCACAUUGUAAAACUUAUCUACUAAUUUAUACAAAAUAGUGUUUUUUUACAUACAUAUAUUUUAUUUGUAUUUUGGAGUAACCCUUUUUACUUGUUUUUUUCUUUUUUUGUUACUUGUAUCAUUACCCGGUGUCGUUAAACAUAUAUAUACUUCUCGGUAACGUGUCACAAUAAUAUAUUAAAAUUAACAUUUUAUUACUAUUAUCACUAUUAUUACAGCAUUUAUUUUUAACUACUUAUUUAUACUUUUUAUCUUGAAAAAUAAUACUUUUUUUUCUAAGCUACUGGGUUUGUUUUAUAGAUUUGUUUAUUCAUAAGUUUAUCUUUAUUAUUGUUCAACAGGAAACCGUGACCAAAAGACACCGUUAUUUAUUAUGUCUCUCCCUCCACCUCUUUUCUCUUUGAUUUAGAAAAUAUUGACACUAUCAGUUUCUUCAUGCUAUUAUUAUUAUUAUUAUUAUUAUUAUUAUUAUUAUUAUUAUUAUUAUUAUUAUUA